CUUGUCUAAAGGUUGAGAAGUAAUCCAGUAAGUGGCGGUAAUGAGUCUUAACGCUAUUGGCCAACUUUCAUUAAAGAAGAAAAGAAGAAGAAUAGCUCAACUGCUAUUGGUCAGAAUUAGACCCGCGGAUCUCUCAGUGGGACUUUCGCAUCCGGUGUAAACAUCCAGCGUCCAAUGAUGACACCCGCAGCAGCACGAAAUAUGUAUUUUACUCCACAUUUGACAUUGAAGUUGAUUCCACACGUUUAAUACCUUUUGCCGGUGGCUAUGGAAGGAAGGUGUGUGGUUGAGACGCUGACAGAAUUUGGCUUUUCGUCGGAGUCAUGCAGCCUGAGAGUGGGAGCCGAUGUGUUCCUCUCCACUGGAAGCGACGAGGUUUAUGUCUUCAGCGACCAAAACAGAGAGUUAAAGGCCAUCAUCCUCUUUCCUGGUCCUGUGAGGGACCUGGUCGUGAAUGAAGACAAGCAGACCCUCUAUGUGGCCUGCUGCAGUGGAGUUUACUGCAUCGGUUUGUCAUCUUUGCCAUCCAGGGUUCAAAGCUCCAGACCGUCCUCUAUUGUGCCUCAUAUGAAAAUAUCUGGCGAGCAUCUGGUUAUCAGAGAAGAGGGAGUAUUAGCCCUACUCUUGGUCAACUCUGUGCUCCUGAACCUUAGGCUGACAAAGACAUCCUGGCUGUUGACACGCUACAAAAUAGCCGAAGAGUCAAUAUUGGGCAGCUAUGAAAGGCUUGGUUCAUUUAACGCGCCAGUGGUGUCAGACUCAGGGCAUCAUAUCACAGAUGAGCGGAGCGAGAGGAGGCCCGUGCUGUUUUGCGUCCACUCUGCAGCUGCACCGUCCUCAUCAAGCUUACCAAGUGGUCACGUCUGCCUUGAGCCGGUCCUCUUUAAAGUCCUAUUCGGGAUUGACGCAGCCUUAGCCAAAUCACCGGUUAUCUUUUGCGGUCUGCUGGACGGCCGUCUGUGUUUCGCCGCUCAACGUCUACCAGGAUCACAGCUCAGAGUCCUUCACAGCCUCGAGCAACCUGUUGUGUUUGUCGGUGCCUCUGCUGGGACUCGAACAGAUCCUGCAGAAUGUUUGGUUGCGCUGGGCGAACAAGGUAAAGUUGUGCUGGUCACAUCCAAGCAAGCAGGACCGGAAGGAGGAGGCAUCGUAGCUGCUUUUACCGAGGUGUGUGUGCCCGGACCUGUGGUGUGUGCCUGUCUUGAUAAACGCUGCCUGUACUACAGCACUGGUUCGGACCUGCUGGUACUGGAUCUGUCACAGGCCUCCACCGGAGGAUCCGAGGCGGCAAUGGGGCAGGCAGGGUCUCAGAAAAGUGCUUCUGCGCCUCAGAAUGUCAUCAGUUUAAAUGUGUGUAGAGUCAUUGCCUUGACAAAACAUGCAUGGAACACCGAUGGUAGAGUUCAGCUGCUGGGACUGUCCUGCAGGGGGCAGCUCCAGAGGAUUAGUUUGCCUGUUGGGUUGCAAGAUGGCGGUUCGUCUCAGCCUCCUUCUUCACAUGUUGGUCGCAGCAUCAGAGAUGUCCUGUCAGCUAUUGGAGACGUUUAUGAAAGAUCAUCAGUGCUGAAAGCGUCAAUCAAAUCCAGAAACCAAACACUUAAACACUUGAAUCAGGUGCUCAACAUCAGCUUCUUAUUGAACACCGAAGCAGACGGCAGGACGCUCGCGCCCGUUCAGGAUAAACCAAUUCGUUGUCACGCCACUACCAGCUGGAGCACAUUGCUUCAGAAAGACUCUUUGAACUUGAAAUGCGUUCUGGAUAAUGGAAGUUCUUAUGUUCUGGAGCGAGGAUGGACACUAAACAUCACAGCGUUCCCUAUGUGCGACUCCCCCGAGGGGGAAAGCUGCUCCAAACAUUAUUCAUUCCCAUUCCAUAAUCUUCACCCAGGGGAGAAACUGGAGAUUUCCGUGCCACUGGCUACAGCAGGAGACUUGUCGGUCCCUUGUAGUGUUUCCUGCUCUCUCACUUUCUCAUUUUCAGGUCUCCUCGGAGAGGAGGCAGUGACAGAACUGCCACAGGGUGGUCUUGUCAGUUUGCCGUUGAACACACUGAUGGUGGAUUGGUUACACGUUCUGCGGGUGCUCAGUCCAGCAGACGCAAAGAGAAACGCCACAUCUCAACCUUACGACGUCACCGUGGCGGACACCAUCCGAGCUUUUUUGAAAUCACGCUGCGGCGUAGAAAGGGACGCAGGGAACGAGCAGCAUUCUGCAACCAUUAAGGUGUCAUCUCAGUUACUGAGGGACAUGUUGAAACCUUCAGAGGGAGGCCCUGAGGAAUCCGAAGCGGUGUCUCCUAAUGUGUGCAUCUCACUGCUGGACUGGCUCCUCUGUGAAGGCCACGGAGGGGUGAAGAUGCAAGGAGACAAGAUGGCUCUCACCAGCCCAGUGGUCCAUGCUCGAGCUCCCAACGGGCACACGAUAAAGCUCACGGCAAAAGAGGUUAACCUAGCACAGGACCGUGCUGUGGAGCGGGAGGAGCCCCUGGUCAUCGUGGAAGUUCAGAUUGAGAGCUCCUCAUUGGCAGAUGUUUGUGGAAUGCAUCAUGCAGUCUUGCGGAGAGUACAGAAUUUGUUGCAGAAGGCGCCUGACAAGCCUUCUUCCACAAUCCAGAUGCAGAGUUUAUGUGUGAGAGAGGCUCUACAGCGUGCAGAGAAACUGUUACGGCAGCUCCAGCAAAGUCGAAUCUCCUGCACCUUUGGUGAGGGUGUGUCCAUGGGCAAGGUGACAUCAUGUCUUCUCAAUGUGUAUGAAGAACUCAGAGGAAAUGAAAAUUCUCUGCUUAUUAUUUAACAUCUGUCCCAGCAGAGCCGACGCACUGUGCCUUAUAUAUAUAUAUAUAUAUAUAUACAUGCACAAGAGUGUGGGAAGAAUUUGUGGCUUGACUUAUUAUAUUACAGCUUAUCUGUAAGGAAGCAAUUAUUUGGUUCUGGACUUGUGACCUUACAAUAAAUGAAAAGAGCUACUCUAUCUUUCUGAGCUAUCCAUUUCAUUAUUGUGUGACCCAUCCAUCCAUCCAUUAGUUCAUUUUUAAUUUUGAUUUUUUAAGUGCUUGUCCUCGUUAGGGUCAUUGGGUGAGCUGGAGGGAGUCUAUCCCAGCUGGUUUUGGUUGAGAGGUGGGCUACAUACGGGACCGUUUGCCAGCCAAUUGCAGGGCACAUAUGGACAAGCUACCAUUCACACUCCAAUUCACACCUGUGGGCAAUUUAGAGAUUUCAAUUAACCUUACAUGUAUUUUUUGGAAAGUGGGAGUCAGCUGGACCUGCUCUAUGUGACCUGACUUUAUUUCAUUUUUACGUCACAGUAAAAUUAAUAUACUGUAUUUUAUAUACUCCCUAGUAUCUAAUACUCAAGGUCAACAUGUACACAGAAUUUAGUAGAAAUUUGUACUAAAUGUAUUGUAUUUGCUCAAUUCAACUUGAAAUAGACACGAAAACACUAUAUUGUAUUUGGAUACCAAAACACUAUCGAUGUAAAUAGGCGUGACUCAUUUCAUGGCAAAGCACAGAGCUGUUUCAACUGAAACCAACAUUUGUCUUAAUCACUGUGCAAUAACGUUGAUACAGAAAUCCUAUUAUAUUCUCCCAAGUAGAUGUUCCCAUAAAUGUGCCCAAAAUAAAUCCAGAUGACACGAAGACUGUUUAUUAAAGGCGCACCAGUGCUUCAAAUGUCAACUGUAUUCCAGUAGGGGGCAGCAUAUUACUGUAAGAUUUGUAUCAAUCAGUCAAGUCAGUAAAAACAUUAGGACAGUCUAGUGAGGGUAAGGGGUUCAGAAAGCGGAUGGACGGAUGUAACUGCUCACGAGUGUACAUUUUUGUUGUUGAACAAGCAUUACACUUGAUAAAUAAAAAGAAAAAUCUCAUAAAAUAACAUGUUUCAUAGUUUUUUUUAUAUAACUACGCUUUUAAAGCUGACUGACUGCAAAGACCAUGUUUAUUUGUUUUCACUUUUAUUCUUAAUCUCUAAUAACUUAUAUUUGACCUCCUACUGCUGUUACUGUUUGCUGCACUUGUAGUCACACAUGUAGUAGUCUGUUUUUUAAAAGUACGAUUUCAUACAAAAGGCUUUGAUCUGUGAUAUGAAAAAGAAAAGCUGCAUUCUUUUGUUACUUGGAAAAGGGAAAAAACGAAGCAUUAUUGUGGUAAAAUAUACCAUUUUCCCCCUCAAAAUUAUGAGAA